UAAUUAUUUUGUUCGGAAGUAGAGUUGGUCGAAGAUUGAAUUAAACGGAAAGAUAUUUUCGUAAGACGGGAAAACGUGUUGCGUAAUUCCGUGCGGUUGAUAGCGAUAGCAACGCGGCGGACGGGGUUCGCGAAUAAUUCGCGACGUCCCUGGCUUCGAUCGAAUCGACGUUUUCGCCAGCGGUAGUAGCUGUCCCUGGGCAGACUGCAACUACGAGGUGACAUGGAACCACGAACCUAGUUCUCUAAAUUUGGACGCACGUGCAAUUCCUCUGAACACGUGCGGCUCGGACUGACCACGUGGGCCGCGUGUACGAAGAUAGAGAAACAAGCGCAGCCUGAUCGUAUCCGGGGAACCAACGAUAUCUCUGUUUAUGGAACGACACAAUGCGAAAAGAACAAUACCCGCUUUUCUACUGAAUGGAAAAGAACGCAGAGAAGAAAUUGCCAAUCACCGAGCGCACGUGUAAAUCGUUCCGAAAAGAGAUAACCUUACAGGAUGAUAUUUUGAGCGACACUAAUCUCUCGUAUGUUGCUUUUCUUUUUAUUUCGUGAAUACGAUUUUUAAUCUACAGACGAUGUUUUCAUAAAGAGACACGUGCAACGACGCAUAUCUAUGUAUUUAGAUAGAAGGAAAAUGUAAUCUAGUUUUUAGCAUUCUGUCAAUUUGUAGAAGCUACUUUUAAUAAGUCGAUUAAACAGGGACAUGUACUAUUAAUGUAUGCAUGGUAGCUAGAUCGCGAAAAGACUGAUAGCAUAAGGAACACGAGCUGCAAUACUCGAUUGUCGAUACAAGGACCACGGAAAGUUAUGGCUGAGGAAGAACCAGAAAUAAAGAAACUUAAACAUUCCAUUAUCUCGAAUCAUGUCUACACUUCCGAGUUUCAGAAACUCUUUUGCGAGCACUGGCACAAUUUCAGCGACGUUAAGAAGGACGAUCUGGAAGUAAUAUCUAAACCCUUUAGGAUAUGCAAAAUUUCUAAUUUUCUCUGCAGCGAAGACUACAUGGAAGAGAUAAAAAAUGAAUUGCUAGACGUGAAGAGUAGAAGAAACAGUAUAGAUUUGUACCAGUUCGAGCAGACCAGCGAUCUGGCCAGCGUGGAUACCAAAAAUAUAAAGUUCUUGUUCGAAACCUUCCAAACAGAUUUGGCAUCAUGGUUGGAACAGAACACCAAGAUACAGCUCAACAAAAAAAUAUCUAUGUCCAGCUCGUGCUAUUCCGAUACAGACUACUUGUUGUGCCACGACGACAACAUGGGUGACAGAAGAAUCGCUUUCAUACUAUACCUUUCCAAGGAUUGGACCGUGGAGGACGGAGGAGCUCUGGAUUUAUUCGACACCGAUGAAAAUGGAUUACCCAGAAACGUUGUAAAAUCUCUUGUACCGGAAUACAAUUCUCUUGUUUUCUUCGAAGUUGUAGAUAUCUCCUACCAUCAAGUAGCCGAAGUAACUUCUCCGGACAAGUCACGUUGGAGCAUCAAUGGCUGGUUUCAUGGUAAUUUGAAAGAGACUGCCGCAGGUCUUGUCAGGCCUCAAAGAGUAGAGAUCGAACCAAAUUACAUAGAACCAGAGGACACCGAAAUCGUACUUGACGAUUGGAUAACAACUUGUUACUUAUUCUCCGGUAUCGUUAAGGAGAUUCAACACGACAUCGAACAGGAGUCUUAUACAUUUUUGUCCAACUUUUUGAAAGACGAUGUCUACGAGAAGCUAGUGACGGACUUGAUGUCGGAUGCGGUCGUGUGGGAGAAAGUUGGACCAGCGGACACCCGAAACUACGAAAUAGCGGACGAAGAGAGCUUACCCGAGCUUCUGAAACAGUUCUACAACAUGUUCAAGUCGAUUUCCAUGUUCAAAUUGUUGAAGGACUACACGGACCUGGAUCUCGUAUCGGAGAGAGAAGCUAUGAAGCCGAAGAUGACGAUCGAGUUGCAGAGGUGGUCCAAGGGCUGUUACACGCUAAUAUGGGAUAAGACCGGGUCCCCAACCGAGUCGGCUGUCUCGGGUAAUGACAAAAAAUCGAGCAGCGGAAGCGUAAACCAGAACUACGAACGACCGGACGAUCCGCUGGACACUCCGAGGAGCAGCAAAAGCAGCAAGAGCAGUAAAAGCAAGGACAGUCAAGAAGGGUCGCGUCAUACUAGUCCGGGGAGCAAUAGGGAAGACGAGGAAAUCAACGAGGAAGACUUGCUCAAGGCGAUCCGGAAGGGUAAGUCCUCUCGACCGAAAAAGAAGAACUUGUUUCUGCGGUAUUCACCGCCGAAAUUGGAGAAUCUUCCGUCGCAGAGAUUGGCCAGGUUAAUAGACAGCGACGAAUCGGACGUGUCGGAUAUCGGGGACUACUUGUCGGAUCGUCUGGACUACAGUCCCGAAUACAGCGAACGCGAGGACGAGAUAGACGAUUUGAACUCGUCCGCUCUGGACGCGAUAAUUCAAUUCCAUACGAAUCAAGUGCCCCCAGAGGACACGAUAGACUACGUGAACCCGAGAGAACAGGACGGAGCGCUGAUCCACGUACCUAUUAAGAACAACCACCUGUGCCUGGUGUACAAAAACCAUGGCAUCUGUCGCGUCCACAAAUACGUGAACCAUUACUGUCCGGGUUACUUCUACAAUCUGAUCUGUACAUAUUACGAAUAAUUCGACCGGCUAGUUGGGUAUUGUACAAUGAAUCGCGACCAAGCUACGUUCCCACGGUAAAUGUAUCAUAGUAUUCGUAUUAAUAAAAAUUGUCAGUAUUUAUCGCCGGACACCAACAUAUUUCUCUAGCUCUAUUAUUGUCUAAUCGGAAUCAAAGAUGGAAUUAAGUUAUUAAACGCUAGAGUUCGAAACUG